CUCCACACACGGUUAAAAUAUCUUCUUCUCCCCGUAGUUGAUUUAAGUUUUGCUUGGAUCUAUUCUGCCAUUUUUUUUAUAAUCUUGUGCAGUAUUUGAGCUUUAAUGGAAGAUUGAAUAAACUUAAAGAGGGGUUGUAAACUGUAAAGUAAAAGAAAGGAUAUUUGAUAGGGUCCGGUUAUAUUCAUAGUUGAAUCAAUUAGACUCUUAGACCAGUUAUCUUCUCCCCCUUCUGUUUUUCCAUUUCCUUCCCCAGAAAACCGUCAAAACUCCACCGACCCAUGCCCUCCACUCCCUUGGGCUCGCCGACGAGCUCUCGGUCAGUAACCCAGACCGUCAAUGGCUCCCACCACUUCACAAUCAAGGGCUAUUCCUUAGGCAAAGGCAUGGGUGGAUCGAUCUCUUAUCGUUCUUACUGUUAAUCGAUAUUUGUAUUUUUUAACGGGAAACUUUACAGUUAUACCGGCACAGGAUAUUUCUGGUGCUGGAAUUCUGUUUACGCCUAUGCACAAAUGCUUCAAAAGCACGAGGCCAGUUGGGGGAUAUUUUGCCGAGUCAGUCACUGAUCUUGGAGAACUGCAGCCAUUUGUCCGUAUUUUUGGCUGUUAUGGGGUUGAUAGACUAGAUAGGAUGAUGAAAGAACACACUGCUGCCCUGUUGAAUUGCAUAGACACAUCAUUACGGUCAAACCGUGAAUUGUUAGAAGCAGUUGCCAGCAGCAUGCAUUCUGGUGACAGAAUAGAAAGGGAGGUUUGUUUGAAGCAAAUUGUGGAUUUGGACACAAUAAUCUGUUUUUGCAUUGAGGCAAGACAGGCCUUGGCUUUUGAUAAACUUUUAGCUGAAGCUUCUGGUGCUGUACUCAAAGUAGGUGCACCUCUAAUUUAUUCAUUUCUUGCCGGAGUGGUUAAGCAUAUACCUGCAGAAAUACCCGAAAAGAGGGAAAUAAGAAGAAUGAGGGGGGUCGCAAACAGUGUUGCUCUUGCCUGCAGAAAUACCCGAAAAGAGGGAAAUAAGAAGAAUGAGGGGGGUCGCAAACAGUGUUGCUCUUGCUGGUGA